GCUUACCUGCACCGGGUUAUCAAUUAAAAAAAUCACUACGUCCUACGAGAUGCAUUCCAAGGAAACCAUUUGAACACUUUGAUAAUUGUACACGUAAUUGAUCUGCAACUUGCGAUGAUAUCAACGAGAUACGUGUCAUUCUUGUCUGGAAUAAUAAUAGCUUCUUUAACAUGGGCAUUCAGUCUGUACCUUUACUCAAGACUGUCGCAAAAUACUAUCACUGUCAGUCCCACAAUGUUAGUACCUGGCAUAUCUAGUCAAGCGCUCAAGGAGUCGUUACUUAAGCAUGGGGAAUACAGUGAGAAGGAUAUCAUGUUACGCGAUAAUGUCAUCAUCGCCCGUAAUGAGAAGCAAACAAUGAUUGGUAAGAAAACCUACAACUUAAAGGGCAAUAAAGAUUACGAGAACAAUGACCUGCUUCUGCAGCAACUACAACCUGUUCCGGUAAAACCUGCGGUUACAUUGGACCAAGGUCUAGAUGAAUUAGGGAUGGUGAAGAAUUUGGACGACCAGCGAAAGAGGGAUGAGGGGUACAAGAAUUAUUCGUUCAACGUUCUCAUAUCAGACAAUCUCGGUGUUCUAAGAACUGUGCCAGACACGAGGCACAAAUUAUGCCGGGCACAAAAAUAUCCCGCCGACUUGCCGAAUGCUAGUAUAAUCAUCUGUUUCUACAAUGAGCAUUACACAACUUUAUUGCGCUCAUUGCAUUCUAUAAUUGAGAGGACGCCAGCGACACUACUGCACGAAAUUAUCCUAGUGAAUGAUUAUAGCGACAGCGAUACGUUACACGAGAAGAUAAAAGUCUACAUUAAGGUCAAUUUUAAUACCAAGGUGCAUUUCUUCAAGACAGACAGAAGGGAAGGUUUAAUCAGAGCACGAGUGUUCGGCGCGAGGAAAGCAACUGGUGACGUCUUGAUUUUCUUGGAUAGUCAUAUAGAGGUGAAUGAAAUGUGGAUAGAGCCGCUUCUUUCAAGAAUCGCCCAUUCGAGGACUAUCGUGCCUAUGCCGGUAAUAGACAUCAUAAACGCGGACACAUUUCAAUAUACUGGCAGCCCAUUGGUAAGAGGAGGCUUUAACUGGGGUCUUCAUUUCAAAUGGGACAAUUUACCGAUUGGAACGCUAAAACAAGAGGACGAUUUUGUAAAGCCUAUCAAAUCGCCGACAAUGGCUGGGGGAUUAUUCGCAAUCGACAGGGAAUAUUUUACAAAGAUUGGGGAAUACGACACCGGUAUGGACGUCUGGGGAGGGGAGAAUCUUGAGAUAUCGUUCCGAAUAUGGAUGUGUGGCGGUAGUAUCGAACUCAUUCCUUGUUCACGAGUGGGUCAUGUGUUCAGGAGACGACGACCGUACGGCUCGGACGACCCGCAGGAUACCAUGCUGAAAAAUUCCUUGCGCGUCGCGCACGUAUGGAUGGAUGAGUAUAAGGAUUACUUUCUGAGAAACACUAGGAGAAUCGACUACGGUGAUAUCUCGGAACGGCUGGCGUUGCGACAGAGACUCAAGUGUAAGAGUUUCGGUUGGUACUUGAAGGUGGUUUAUCCCGAACUGACAUUGCCGGAUGAUACGGAGAGACGACUGAAGGAUAAAUGGUCGAGGCUUGAUCAAAGGCCAAUGCAGCCUUGGCACUCGAGAAAGAGGAAUUAUACCGACCAGUACCAAAUCAAACUUGCAAAUUCCGCGCUUUGCAUUCAGAGCGAAAAGGAUAUCAAGACUAAGGGCUCCCGACUUAUUCUGAUGCCGUGUUUGAGGAUUAAAUCACAGAUGUGGUUUGAGACGGACAAGAAUGAAUUAGUACUUGGCCAGAUGCUUUGCCUGGAGGGAGCAGAGAAGACUCCGAAACUCGGGAAGUGUCACGAGAUGGGUGGAAGUCAAGACUGGCGUCAUAAACGCAUUAGCGGUACCCCUAUAUAUAAUAUGGCAGCUGGAACUUGCUUAGGGGCAAUGCGUGAUAUAAGAAAUGCUCAAGUCGUCAUGGACCUAUGUACAAAAUCGAACGCUUCAUUGAUAACUUGGGAUCUCGUCCGAUCGAAGGUUCCAUCUAAAGAGAUCAGAUGACGUCGGAAGAAAGGACGCAAAAAUAGAAAAAAGAAUUACGAAGACUGGCUCGGAAGGAAAUGGUAGAUCCUUUGGUAAAAUGUAUAUACUCGACAAAUAGUUACAACUAGAGGUAGAGAAAAUUUCAUACGUCGAGUCUUAAUGUAAUUUAACAGGAAAGAAAAAAAAAGUAAGAAGCCUUGACUCUCCAGCAGGGCUUCAAAACAGUUGAAAGUAUCGUAAUUAUAUAAGAAAAACAUUGAAUCUCUUCAAUACAAUGUAUAUAUGCAAUGUAGAGAACUUUCCCUUUUGUAUUUUUAUCACUUCUCUACGAUAUUGUGAACUUAUAUGCACAAAUAUUUAUAAGUAUUAUAUUUAUAUUUGAUAAUUUUAGACAAUUUUAACAAUAUUAUAUGUAUUAAGGUUAUUCUACGUUAAUUACAAGUCGAUCAUAAGCAGAUGCAAUGCUUGUCGCGUCAGAUCAAUUAGAAGGGUCGAUAGUACCAUUGAUUAGUAGUCAUAAGUAAGCGUUGCAUCCAUUUACUAUCGACUUGCAACUAAUGUAGAACGACUUUUAUAUAUUAUAAAACGUGUGAUAAAAGAACAAAGUCUGUUGAACAAUCUUUAUAGUAAAAAUUAUUUAUAAAAUAUUUUAUAUUUAUAAAGAUACAUUUGUAUCGAUAUAA